CCGCCGCAACACUCAACUAACUCAUCAUGUCUGGACGUGGAAAGGGAGGAAAGGUGAAGGGAAAGGCAAAGACCCGCUCCAGCCGUGCCGGACUUCAGUUCCCCGUGGGCAGAAUCCACCGUCUGCUGAGGAAGGGCAACUACGCCGAGCGCGUCGGUGCCGGCGCCCCCGUCUACCUGGCCGCCGUCAUGGAGUACUUGGCCGCUGAAGUCCUCGAGUUGGCCGGCAACGCCGCCCGCGACAACAAGAAGUCGAGAAUCAUCCCCCGUCACUUGCAGCUCGCCAUCCGCAACGACGAGGAGUUGAACAAGCUGCUCUCCGGCGUCACCAUCGCCCAGGGAGGUGUCCUGCCCAACAUCCAGGCCGUCCUCCUGCCCAAGAAGACCGACAAGAAGGCAUAAGCACCAGUCUUCGAAAAUCGGCCCUUUUCAGGGCCACCCAAAUCACUCAAAUAAGAAUGCAUAAGCAAUGCUAUCAUAUUUUUUGUUAUUCAUUAUCAGUCGACGGAAAAAAAAUUUAAACAAUCAUGAAUUUUUAAAAGAAGAAUAUUAGGAAUAAAUAAGCUGUAUCUGAGUGUUUGUAGAAUCUUCUCAUAGCAACACUGAAUUUGUUUGCGAUGGAAUUGAAUGGUAUACAUUAAAAGUAACAUCUUUUGGAGAGGGCCAUCAAUAGUUACACAUUUUAUAAAUUUAUUCUCACACAAUGAGUCAU